GCGCGUUUGGGGCCUCCCCGGCUCCCGUAGGAGAGCUCCGGCCGUGGCGGCGCCACGUCCCCUGCGGCGGCGGGAGAAAGAUCAGUUGGGCCUCGGGGCGGCUCCGGGAGGCCAUGGCCUUUACGUUGUAUUCGCUACUGCAGGCGGCCCUGCUCUGCGUCAAUGCCAUCGCGGUGCUGCACGAGGAGCGCUUCCUUAAGAACAUUGGCUGGGGAGCAGACCAGGGAAUUGGUGGAUUCGGAGAAGAGCCAGGAAUUAAAUCUCAGCUAAUGAACCUUAUUCGAUCUGUAAGAACUGUGAUGAGAGUGCCAUUGAUAAUCAUAAAUUCAGUUGCCAUUGUAUUACUUUUAUUAUUUGGGUGAAGAACAGUGGGGGAAAUGGAGACUCAGAAGAAGAGAUGCCAGCAGAAGUUAUUACUUCGGUCAUUAUUGGAAUAUAUAUGUUAUCGCUGGUCGUCCUUGCACUUGACAAAAAUGUAAAUCUGACAAUAAAACCAGAGUCCCUAUUUAUCCGAUUUUUAAAAAAAAUGUUGCACUUACAAUUUCAUUACAAAAAGAUUAGGUCAUCAGAGGCAGUAACUAUCCAGAACUGGAAUACAUUUUAUUGCUAAUUGUUAAUAAAUUCAUCUUAUGGUAAAGAUUGUUCAGAGGGUACAGGACUGUCACUUGUGUGUUUUUAGAGAUUUUUCUCUCUCACUUCUUUCUCAGGGAAAAAUUUUUUUCAAAGUUUUGAAGUUCUUUGUGACUUAGCUAUGUUGUGAGAGUGAUUAUCUUCCUAGAUAAAUUUAAAGGAAUUUUUUAAAAGCAAUUACUACAUAUAAAAUGAUAAGUCAGUAAUUUGGAUAGUUUUACUUUGAACUCUUUAUUUUGUCUAUGUGUCAUUUCGACUAUGACAAGUUCAAAUUUAUAGCAACUAUGAGCAAUACUCUCUGACUUCAGGGAGAAUUCUAAUUUUGUAAGUCAGUCACAUAGGUUGUGUUUUUAAGUUCUUUCAUGUGUUUGUUAUUUUAUUAAUUGGCCUGAAUGAUGAGUUCAGAUCCCUAUCUACAUAUUUCCAUUGGUAGAAAAAUCUGUGUAGAAAAGUCUAUGCCCUUUUUACAAUAAUAAUUUAUUUUUAAAAAUCAGCCUAAAUAUUAGCCUGCAAGAGCUAUCCUAAACAGUCACAAUUAAUCUGUGCUAUGUAAGAAGACUAUUGUGAAGCAUUUACCUCUCCCCAAAUUAUGACAUUUCCGUUCUCUGGAGUAGCACAUUAAGGGGUGUAGUUCUUAAUUUUUUAUUCUGUCUGUCAGAAGAGAUUCAUGUUAGAUAAGUUUUCGCUUUGUUUUUAUAUUCUUAGACCAUUCCAUAUUUGCUCAUCCCAUAAUACAGUUUAUGCAGGAAGAUUAAAAUUAUGUAAAUUUUUUUUCUGAAAACUACCAGUUACAAUAGUUUAAAGGAAUAGAUUGGCAUCUUUGUUUAUAGGAGAACAUUUGUAAAUAAAGUUAAAUUUCCAAGUCAAGUACUUGUUUUUGUACCUUACCUGUCAGUGUUAAUUGAAUUAAUCUCAUUUCUUUGCUAUAAAAUCACAGAGCACAGAUUUAAUGAAAGUAAACAUUACAGUCACUUUUUUUUCCUUCAGUGAGUUAACUGAAUUGCUGAUUACAUCAAGGAGACUCAAGAGCAACUUCUCUUCUAUGACUACGGUUACUUCUAAAACUUUGGAGCAGGUACUGAAUGCCUAUUGGCCAUGCCUGAAUUAGAGAUAGAUGAUCUCUGGGCUGCAGGCUUGCAGUUGAACCAAAGAGAUGUACCAGGGAUUCUUAGUUGAUUAUCUGGCUCAUGUGAGUAACUAACAUAUUUGGCAGCUAGAAGCAGUGUUCUUUGGCCUUACAAAGAUCCGAUUCAUGCAUCGAAGUUUAAGUCAUUGAACAGGUUCAAUACAUGCAGUUAAUUGAGAGCACUCCCAUUUCUCCACAGACCAUACAGAAUUUUUAAAGGACAGAAAAGAGACCUUGGCCUGAUGCCAUUUUCUUGUAAAACUUCACAGCACACCUUCAUGCUCAUUUAGUGGCAGGAUACUGUCCGAGUUCAGACUCCAGUGGAGAGCAGUCAUAGCACGGCAGGAUCAGAGUAUUGUGUAGCAAAGUGGGUCUGAGGAAACUGAAGCACUGAAUCUCAAAAUCUGUCAUCUCUGGAGGCCACUUAACACAAUGCUAGCUUCAGUGCCUGAAGGUCUGUAAGCUUUCGCAGGUUAGCCCUGAUGUCCCCAGAGCAGAGAUUCGGUAACCACGGUAUCUUACUUACUUGACAGUAACUUCAGUGUCUGCUUGCCUGCCCACAUCCUCCCCCUUGCCAUUCUCAUUAACAGUUGGUGAUCAUUCUAGAUUGCAAAUCUCCAUGAUGUUUAUGGUCCUAAUGUAUGCUGACCCUGUGUCUAUAUUCCUCUGACCUAUCUCAUGAAGGAUCUUGGCUCAAGUGUAGAUGUUAACCAAACGUAUACCCUGUUCCUUAGUUAAAUACAGUUGUUUUCAAGUAUUAAUUGUUAAUGGUAGAACCAGAUUUCAAAAGGGAUAACACAGAACUAUAAUGCCCCACUAUUUGAAACAGAUGAGAGCAGCCUACUUAUUUCUAGUUGAAACAGGGAUGCAAAGGCCCAUUGUUUAACCUCCACCCCACUCUUGUCAUCCUUUCUAAGGUCCUUCCACAAAACUCCCAAGUUUUUGAAAACAUAGUUAAAAUGAGUAUCUUAAAAAAAAAAAUCCCUGCUUUAGAGGAGGAAGUGUGAUCUGUAGUGUACUGGUAUAUGCUAUCACUUGAGUGUAUAGGUACUAAUCAAGGGACUUGAGAGAAAGCAAUAUAUUUGAGUAGUAAAAAGAGUGGGAGGCAGGAUAUUUGUAACAUGUUGAGCAAAACCUUUUAUCAUGACUUAAGACAAACUUCCUAAGACCUCAGUUGUUUUCCGUUGUUUCUUCUGUAAAACUGGUCAAGAAUUAUUUCAGAACAGAAAUCUGCUCCAGGUGAUUUUUAUAUGUAUACCUUUUCCAGGUCACUAACCUUUGAUGCUAGGUGUACCUCAACCAAAGAGAUGUUCUCCCAAAGUAAAUGUUUUUAGUGAAAUAAAUUACUUUCUCAGUG